AUGCUACCUGCCGUGGUUUGCAGGUCGCUGCGCGGCGCCCAGCGCGCCCCGCUGUGCCUGUCGCAGUUCGGCAUCUGGGAUGCGGUGCUGGUCGCCGGGGAGUGGCCGGGGUGUAUGGAGGGGCGCGGGCGAGGCGGAUUCCACUCCCAGGCGGAGGGCGUGGCGCGCGUGGGAUCGGUGGAGGAGGCCGAGCAGCGGCGGCGGCUGGGAGAGAUGAUGUCCGCGGGGAGCAUCGCGGGAGGCGUGGCGGGGAUGCAGGUGCUGCGGGAGUGGGCGGAGGAUCGAGCGGGGGGUGAGGAGGGGGGCGGGAGGCCAGGAUUGGAUUGGAGGGUGGCGGUGGAGAUGGCGCGCCGGCGGGAGGAGGCGGCGAGGGCACUGGCGCUAACGGACACGUUCGGGCGUCACCACUCGUACCUGAGGAUAUCCCUAACUGAGCGCUGCAACCUUCGGUGUCAGUAUUGCAUGCCUGCCGAAGGAGUGGAUCUGACACCAAAAGAUGACCUACUGACAACACGGGAGCUGCUGAGACUGGCCCAGCUGUUUGUUGCCAAUGGCGUCAACAAGAUUCGACUGACUGGCGGUGAACCUACUGUGAGGAAGGACAUUGUGGAGCUGACUGGCGCCUUGGCACGUAUUCCAGGCUUGCGCACCCUGGCGAUGACGACGAAUGGACUGGCACUCACACGGAAACUCCCUGCGCUGAAAGAAGCAGGGUUGAAUGCCCUCAAUAUUAGCCUGGACACGCUGAGGCCUGACAGGUUUGAGAAGUUCACGCGGAGAAGGGGCCAUGAUCGAGUGCUGCAAGCCAUCGACCUGGCGUUGGAGCUUGGGUAUGAUCCUGUGAAGGUGAACGUUGUGGUCAUGAGGGAUCAGAACGAUGAUGAAAUCUUGGACUUUGUGGAGCUGACCAGAGAAAAGGCCAUCAACGUGAGGUUCAUCGAGUUCAUGCCCUUCGAUGGCAACCUGUGGUCAGGCAGGAAACUGGUCAGCUACAAUGAAAUGUUUCAGACCAUUGCAUCACACUUUCCAGGGGGUCCCAUCCGCUGCGCAGACCCCAAGGGUGAAGUGGCCAAGAACUUUCGGAUACCUGGCUUCAAGGGCUCCCUGUCGUUUGUGACUUCGAUGACCAAGGCAUUUUGUGGGGACUGCAACAGGGUGAGGUUAAUGGCGGAUGGCAACCUCAAGGUUUGCCUGUUUGGCGCCAACGAAGUGAGUCUGCGCGAAGCCAUGCGUGAUGGCGCCUCUGAUGACGAACUACGGACUGUCAUCUGGGCCGCCAUACAGCGCAAGAAGGCGGCCCAUGCAGGCAUGUUUGAGCUCAGCAGAACCGCGAAUCGGGCCAUGAUCAAAAUAGGAGGCUGA